GAUUCAGGGAGAAUUAUAAUAUCCAAGGAAAUUUUUAUUAUAUGGAGAAAUGAGCCAUUCUUCAAAAAGACGGCGAACUGAAAUAAAAAGAUCCCCCGAUAUCGUAGACCAAAGGGUGGUAGAUCAACCCUUACAUGUUAGCCUAAAGACGAAUAUUAGCCCGAAAAAAGAGAAAAAAAAAUAUCUCCCAGAUGAAGAUUUAGAUUUUCCGGCCGAUGAUAUUUCACUUGAAUCCGUUAAAGGGGAGUGUCCAAUUGUAGAAAAAACAGAGGCAGAAGAAGAAGAGGAGCUCAUUGCUGAAGGUAGCACCUUGACAGGUGAUGCAUUGAAAAGUUUCUUAAAAAAAAACUUUGAUGACUUUCUUGGCAAAAGCUUGUUUCAUCCCGAUACCAUAUAAAUUACUUUCUGCAUGUCAAGUUGGGGUUAACGUUUGACUAAAUUAAACAUUUUUUUUUACCCUUUUUCAAAUGAUUUUUUUCGCGAAUACUAUUUUCUCUUGCCCUUGUGAGAAAUUUGCGUAUAGCUUUCGAUUUUAGACAGUGCACACUUGCUACAGUAAAUAGACACUUUACCUUUUCUUCUUCUUGGCUUCUCUUGAUGGGCAUUGUAGAAGAGAAAUUUUAUUAAAUCGACUGCAAAUUGUGUUGAUGCCACUAUUAAUCUGAAUGAUGACCCUUCUACUCAGUACCGUGAUGACAUCAACACUAGUUUGUGAGCUUCUCUACGCAAAGGGAAGACAUGACCUGUAGUCUAUUUCUAGUACCGAUUAUAUGAUCUUACUAUUUUUUUGGGGGUCGGUAUGUGUUGUUGAAGGUUUUACUGAAUGAGUUAUUGCUACAGUAUUAUUUGAAUUCCUUUCCAAAAGAGCAUUUCUUUCAUUUAAAUAUGAAUUGGCUUCCUUGCUCGGCUUUUGGACUUGGUGUGUUUCCGUGUAUUUACCUUUAAUCCUUCUUUACAA